GUAGAAAUGUUGGAUAGGGGUGAUGAAGGGAAGAGGAAGGAGAGGAAGGAGAGGAAGUUUAUCUUGGAUUAUGGGAAGGGAGUUGUGCUGGAUAAUUGGGUUGUGAAGGAGUUUAAGAGCAAAUGGGUUUUUGAGGAUGUUGACUUUGGAGAUCCUGCUAUUGAGGAGAUGUACCAGGAUCAUAGAUGCAAGACUAUAAAGACUAAUUGGAAGUUUGUUUUAUUUAUCAUGAAGAUUCUAAUUUGCAUCAUAUCUCUCCUCUUCCAAAUCCAACAGGAACAUAUGGCUUGGCCAGAAAAACUUUCUCCCAUAUUAGGAGGAGUCUUACUUUUGAUUCUUGAAUAUUUUAUAGAUAAAUACAAGUUUAUAGUGAGAUACGGAGCUACUUUCUAUAUUUUGCUGAUCGGCCUUGUAAUGACUCAAGCAAACCUGCAGUUCACUCAAUUCAGGCUAUAUGAAGGAUUCCUAUUUCAUAUUUCGGCUUCCUUCUUGCUAUCGACUUGUUUGGUAUCAGACUGGAGGAUCUCUUCAGUCGCAAUACUUAUAAUAUAUGUCAACCUGUAUGCUUUGCUAAGAACUUAUUAUGAUACCAUUCCUGCUACAGUUUUGUAUGCUUUGUGUCUCACGGUGGCUAUAUUUGGCUUUAAUGCUUUCCUGAUUUCGAGAAACUUCAAACAGGAGUUCUUGGCAACCCAUAAAGCCAAACAAGCUUCUUGUCAGCUGAAGAAGAUCUUGGAAGGGCUUCCUGAAGGAGUCACCAUCAUGAAUGAGAAAGGAGAUGACUUGAAGUUUAUAAACAAGAAGAUCAAACAGACAUUUGAUAUUUCCUCUUUCAUCGACAUCCAAAGAGAUAAUGGAGAUUUGGUUAAGGUAAAACAGGAAAUAGAUGAGACACUCAAGAAAAUUUAUAAGAGGUCAGCUGCAGACGACCUGAUACAAGAAGACUCUCAAAUGUUUACUGGCAGUAUCUUGAACAACUUCAUGGUCAAGAUACAAAAGCAGAGAGUCGAAGAAGGUAAAGGGGGUGACCCAGAUGUUCAAGUUGGAGAUUGUGAACACAUUUCUUUGUGAGAUUUUCUUCAGCAAGAAAGAGAACUUUGCCAUAAUGAGCCAGACAAUGAGAGAAGUACCAAAGUAUCCAUUUCUUAUGAGAGGAGACACUUACACCAAGAUGCAGAUCAUUUGAAGAAAGACUUCGUUAUCAAGACUUCCAAAAUUGAUGUUGUAAAUGAUCUUGACAGAGGUGCAACCUUUCUUCAAAUGUUCAUAGAUACCACCCAGAUUUCUCAUUUAGAAGAAGCAAAGGCUCAAAGCAACUAUCAACGACAGAUGCUUUCCAAUGUAUCGCACGAGUUCAGGACUCCUCUGAAUGCGAUGUCGCUGUCUCUGCACUUGAUGAAAGCCUACAUCAACGAAGCUUGGGCUAAAUAUCACCAGAUUGCCUCUUCUUCAUGCGAUAUCUUGAAAGGCCUUGUCGAAGAUAUCUUAGAUUUCUCCAAGAUAGAAGCUGGAGUAUUCGAAAUCCAGGAAAUAAAGUUCACUUUCAAACAGCUCUUUGAUGAAGUAAACUCAAUCUUCGAGAUGCAGACUCGUAUGAAGAGAAUCGACUUGAAAUUUAGCAUGCAAGAUGCAUUUAUAAACCUUGAAAUUAAGUCUGACAAAAACAGACUAAAACAAAUCCUGCUGAACCUGGUGUCAAACUCACUUAAGUUUACAGACCGAGGAUUCAUCAACAUAGACUUGAAGAUCCAUGAAGUCAGAAAGCCUAGCCCCCAAGCGAUUGAAGAGAACGAUAUUGACCAAAUUUUCGGCUCAGAAUUGAACGAAGAAGCUCCGGUUUGCCAUCUUCUUCUAGUGACAGAUAAAUACAAUUUUUCGCCUAAUUCAUCUAUUCUUGGGGCCCAAUUAGACAAAAAUAUUUCCGUCCAUCAGGGAAGUGGAAUGAUCCAACCUAAGCAAGCAGACGAGCCAAUGAUGUCCAGCCUGACUAAAGAACUGAAGAUAGAGCUGACUGUCACUGACACAGGCAUCGGCAUUCCUAAAAAAGACAUGCCCUCUCUGUUCACCUUGUUCGGCAAGACCAGUUCCAACCACAACAGAAACAAGACUGGGACUGGGCUUGGCCUUACCAUCUGUAAGAGGCUCUGCGAGAAGUUGGGUGGCAAGAUAUGCCUGGAGUCCAAGGAAGGAGUGGGGACCAAAGUGACUUGUUCAUUCACAUGCCUGUAUUAGCAAUAUUUAAAUACUCUGGAUAAAUUCAGUUGUC